AUGUCAGCACCGUGCUCCGUCUCUGUUGCACGCGGGCGGGGUGAGUUGGACGCCUUGCCGACUGCCGGCGGAGAUGGCCGACGCUCCACCACUUUUCGCAACCGAGCGCACGCGAUACCGAUUAAAGGAUAUAGAACGAAAAGUCCGCGCGCGAUUUGUGACGGAAGUGUUUUUAAUAAAAAUGGCCUGCCGCCUCGGCGGGAGGAGUGGCAAUGGGCAAUGAGGUCGGUACCCUCUCUCUGGUACCCGCUCCCCUCCCUACCGCGCCACUCCACAGGGUUAGAAAGUUACAAAAGUGAAUCGAGGAAAACGCACAGCAAAGCAAUAACGUCCUGGAUGAUGGGAACCGACUGCUUCAGGGUGGGGAGUCAUGAAGCAGAACUA